GCUUGGGGGUCCAGGCGGCGGCGGUCUCGGACCUGGUACCCGACGCCGCCGGCGGAGUAAGACAGCGGGGAGAAGAGAGAGGGCUACUUGCUGUGCACAUGGCGGUGUCGGUGGGCGACACCUGUGAGACCUGCAGUCGCCUCCCUGGAAACCAGGUAUUUCCAAGCAGGACAUUCGAGAGCAGAUCUGGGACUACAUGGAAUCCCAAAAUCUAGCGGAUUUCCCUCGGCCUGUUCAUCACAGGAUUCCCAACUUCAAGGGCUCUUACCUGGCUUGCCAAAACAUCAGAGACCUAGACGUUUUUGCCAGGACACGGGAAGUGAAAGUGGGCCCUGACAAGUCGCUGGAAGGCGUCCGGCUGCUGGCGUUGCAGAGCAAAAAAACGUUGUUGGUGCCAACACCACGGCUGAGAACGGGGUUAUUUAAUAAGAUCACACCACCCCCCGGGGCAACGAAGGACAUCCUGAGAAAAUGCGCCACCUCUCAGGGCGUGCGGAACUAUAGCACUCCCGUGGGCUUGGACUCCAGGGUCCUGGUGGACUUGGUGGUGGUGGGCUCCGUCGCUGUUUCUGAAAAAGGCUGGAGAAUUGGGAAAGGAGAAGGUUAUGCUGACCUGGAAUACGCCAUGAUGGUGUCGAUGGGAGCGGUCACCCCGGGGACCCCGGUGGUCACCAUUGUCCACGACUGCCAGGUCAUCGACAUACCCGAAGCAUUGCUCGAGGACCACGAUCUCACCGUGGACUACAUCGUCACUCCAACGAGAGUCGUUGCCACGGGGUGUGAGCGCCCAAAGCCAGCGGGGAUCUUGUGGUCCAAGAUCAGCUGUGAGGUGAUGGGGAGAAUCCCAAUCCUCCGGAGCCUUCGCUACCGAGAGAAGCAGGCUGGGAAGGACGUCGCCCUCCGGGACGAGUCCCGGGGCCUCCUGGGAGCCGGCAGCCGGCCGCCAGCUCGCCCAGGCGCCGUCAGGGGGCCUCGGGACCCACCCCCUUCAGAGCCCUGCUCUGCGCAGGGGGAGGACGGGCCGGCUGACACUGUGUGCAUCGGGAACCUUCCCCGGGAUGCCAGAGUGAGCGAGCUGAAGAGAGCCCUCAGAGAAGUCGGCGCCGUCCCCGAGAGGCUCACGUGGCAGGGGCCACGGCGCAGGGCCCUCCUGCAUUACCAGGCCGCAGCCUCCGCCCUGCAGGCCGUCUCCCGCUUGCAGGGCUUGUGCUUGGGGGCGGCCAGCGUGACGGUGGCACUGGCCAGGCAGCAGACAGGCCGCGACCUGGUGGGUGGCCACAUGGAGGAUCCACAGCCUGACUGUCGCCCGGCCGUCGCCGACCUGUGAUGGCACUCCGCUCCGGUCGCCGUAGAGCCUAAGGAGCCUUGGCAGAGUGUUGCUGUGUGAGCGACUUUGGGCCCAGGUGUCUCCCGGUGGCCCAGCCUCCAUCACUGCCCGGGGCCUCCUGACGAGCAGGGAGUAGCGCACAGCCCACAGGUCCCGGCCCUGUUUCUCAGGGUCCCUCAGCCUGCUGGGUGUUUCCCCCAUGCUGGCUCCUCUCUGGGUACAUGCUGCUUGUCACAGCUCAGCGCUCGCGUCCGCAACGGAGAGCCGAUGUGACCAGCAGGUGGUGCCAUCUCACUGCUGUGUCCUCCUCGCCUUUCCAGCCUCACCCCUCCCUCGGGGUGAGUGAAAGGAGAGCACCCUUCACUCGCAUAGUUUUGUAGGAGGUACCGGCUGCGGAAAACGAGCUGUCCCAGCCUGCGUCACACUCAGUGACAGACGCUCACGCUGUCUGCCUAACGCCCUGUGCUUCUUGUUUUUGUUCUCUCCACUUUUCUGUUCCUAAAAAGCAAACUGGAUCUUAGCUGGACUGUACUUUCUAAACAGAGCGCUUUUGCAGUUGGUCCUGGGAAAAAGUCAAAGAGAGCGUUUAAGUGGGGAUUUUUUUUAAUGUACAUGCAUGAGAAACGUUAGUGUCUCACCAGCAGGUCUCCCUGGGCACGUUGUUACACCCCAGGAAGGCACGGCCUGCAUGCGCUUUCAAGAAAACCUUGAGAUGCCAGGGUCCCUUGCAAAAGCAUUUUCUCCUGGUUUUACGGUGAAAAUACUGUGCAGACGGCAGAAAGAAGAGCCUGCCCUGAGAUGCUCACAAGUGCAGGCUCCUUUCCCGAGGCGUCAUGAAUAAAACGAAGAGCAGAAAUAUCCUAAAAACAGGCCAAGACCUUUCCUUCGAGCUCCUGGGCUUACUCUUUGCCCCCUCAGUGCCCGCGUGGCUGCUUUCGCCUCGUCUGGCGCUCAGGUCUGACAUCAGAGGCUGAACCCGACCUUACCCAGAGCAGCGGUCUGGCUGUCUGACUCCUCAUGGUUUUUUGUUUUGUUGGUUUCUUGCCUUGUUUUUCCUUUCUUUUUUCCAUAAAAUGUCCCUGUUUGACACGUG